GCCAGCAGAGCCUGGGGGUUGGGGGGGCAAUCAGGAGAGGCCAGAGCUAGGGGCGGCGGGCCGAGGCGGCACUCAGUCCCGGGCGAGCGCCCGCGGAGGCGGCGGCGGAGACGCCGGGCGGGCAUGCCGCGCCACCGGAGCUCCUGUCGGGAGCAGGCUUCCCUGGCACAGGCUGCGCGCGGCUGCUGCUGCUCCCACUGCUGCUGCGGACUCCCAUGGCGGCUCCGCCCGGCCGGGGCCGCCGCCGCUGUCGCCAGCCUCGGGCUGAAUGAAUGAGCCGGAGCGGCGGAGCCCGGCUGCCGGCGACCGCGCUCAGCGGCCCGGGACGCUUCCGUAUGGCCCGCGAGCAGCCGGCGCCCGCGGCGGUGGCGGCAGCUAGGCAGCCCGGGGGCGACCGGAGCGGCGAUCGGGCGCUGCAGGGGCCAGGGGUCGCCCGCAGGGGGCGGCCGUCCCUGAGUCGCACUAAAUUGCACGGGUUGCGGCACAUGUGCGCGGGGCGCACGGCAGCGGGAGGCUCUUUCCAGCGGCGGGCGCUGUGGGUGCUGGCCUUCUGCACGUCCCUCGGCUUGCUGUUGUCCUGGUCCUCGAACCGCCUGCUCUACUGGCUCAGCUUCCCGUCACACACGAGAGUGCACCGGGAGUGGAGCCGCCAGCUGCCGUUCCCUGCCGUCACCGUGUGCAACAACAACCCCCUGCGCUUCCCGCGCCUCUCCAAGGGGGACCUCUACUACGCGGGCCACUGGCUAGGGCUGCUGCUGCCCAACCGCACGGCGCGCCCGCUAGUCAGCGAGCUGCUGCGGGGCGACGAGCCGCGCCGCCAGUGGUUCCGCAAGCUGGCCGACUUCCGCCUCUUCCUGCCGCCGCGCCACUUCGAGGGCAUCAGCGCUGCCUUCAUGGACCGUCUGGGCCACCAGCUGGAAGACAUGCUGCUCUCCUGCAAGUACCGGGGCGAGCUCUGUGGCCCGCACAACUUCUCCUCAGUGUUUACAAAAUAUGGGAAGUGUUACAUGUUUAACUCAGGCGAGGAUGGCAAGCCUCUGCUCACCACGGUCAAGGGGGGGACGGGCAACGGGCUGGAGAUCAUGCUGGACAUUCAGCAAGAUGAGUACCUGCCCAUCUGGGGAGAGACAGAGGAAACAACGUUUGAAGCAGGAGUAAAGGUUCAGAUCCACAGUCAGUCCGAGCCGCCUUUCAUCCAGGAGCUGGGCUUUGGGGUGGCUCCAGGGUUCCAGACCUUCGUGGCCACACAAGAGCAGAGGCUCACAUAUCUGCCCCCACCAUGGGGGGAGUGCCGGUCCUCAGAGAUGGGACUCGACUUCUUUCCUGUUUACAGCAUCACAGCCUGUCGGAUUGACUGUGAGACCCGAUACAUCGUGGAGAACUGUAACUGCCGCAUGGUCCACAUGCCAGGGGAUGCCCCUUUCUGCACCCCUGAGCAGCACAAGGAGUGUGCAGAGCCUGCACUCGGUCUACUGGCAGAAAAGGACAGCAAUUACUGUCUCUGCAGGACACCCUGCAACCUGACCCGCUACAACAAAGAGCUCUCCAUGGUAAAGAUCCCGAGCAAGACGUCAGCCAAGUACCUGGAGAAGAAAUUUAACAAAUCGGAAAAAUAUAUCUCAGAGAACAUUCUUGUUCUGGAUAUAUUUUUUGAGGCACUCAAUUACGAGACAAUUGAACAGAAGAAGGCGUAUGAAGUUGCUGCCUUACUUGGUGACAUUGGUGGUCAGAUGGGAUUGUUCAUUGGUGCUAGUAUCCUUACAAUACUAGAGCUCUUUGAUUAUAUUUAUGAGCUGAUCAAAGAGAAGCUAUUAGACCUGCUUGGCAAAGAAGAGGAGGAAGGGAGCCAUGAUGAGAACAUGAGCACCUGUGACACAAUGCCAAACCACUCCGAAACCAUCAGCCACACUGUGAACGUGCCCCUGCAGACAGCUUUGGGCACCCUGGAGGAAAUUGCCUGCUGACACCUCUCAGGCUACCCAGCACCUCCAAAACAGACCUUAAAGGCCCAAGGCCCAAAUCAGGGGACAGCAGGCUCAGGUGGGAGAGCCCCUGAUGACAAGAAGAAGCAAGAGCC